AUAAAAUCAUUUGAAAUCAAAAUGGCGGCUAUAACACGUGUGUGUAUAUCUAUGCUUAGAAUCUCUCCUCGCAAUGAAAAAGUGUUUUUGACUCUGUCAAGACCUAUAUUUAAUGGAAUAUCUUCCAAAGAACGAUGUCGGACUGUUGAUUGUCAUGUUCAUCUGAGACGUUGGUAUGGAAGUGGUGCCUCUCUUACAGAACAGAACCUGAUUGACAGGACAAUCGGUGUUGUAAAACUAUUCGACAAAGUUAACCCAGAUAAGGUGUUGCUUGAAUCACAUUUUAUAAAUGAUUUGGGAUUAGAUAGUUUAGAUUCUGUUGAGAUUGUCAUGGCUUUUGAAGAUGAAUUUGGUGUUGAGAUAUCAGAUGAAGAAGCAGAGAAAAUAUUUUCAUGCAGUGAUGCUGUUAAGCUAUUGAAACUAAAAAUGGACAUUAAGUAGUAUAUACUAUUGUAACAGUACGUUUGUCUAUUAUCAUGAUAGCCUUAGAAUUGAA